AUGAAGGGAUUCAGGCAGAGAGUGCAUGAGCAGUUGUCGCGGGCAAAGGACAACAAGUCCUCGAAGAAGAAGGAUUCCACCACCUCCACACCCCAACAACAGUCUCUCGGUAUCCACCCUACACAACAGUCGGCCUCACCGAACCAAGGUACCCCGACAUCAUCAACCACCUCCCUGAAUGAUACACGGAACAAGUCGCCCGAUGAUGCAUCUCCAGCUGUAACCCCAUCGGGAGGCGCCCCUGGCGCAGCAGCUCAGCAUUAUAUACCCCAAGGGGCGGCUGGUCAGCCGGCCAAUAAUGGUCCCGGUACCCCAACAAGACAGGGCCAGCCAGUAGCUCCGAGCGUGAUUAUCAGUCCAAGUGCUCCGCAUGCUCCUCCCCCAGGUGCCGCCGAGACCAUGCCCGGAGAUCUCGCUCCCCCACGGAAGUCUCACGUUUUCGACCGCCUCCAAACUACUCCCAAGGACAUGUCGGAAGGAAUCCGGACCCCGAAGCGCCAGCAUUCAUCGCGAUUUGACAUUUCCGAUCAACGUCAGAGAGAGCUAGAGAAAUUGCCCGGCUUCCAUGAAGUCGCCCCCAACCGCCGCCAGGACCUCUUCAUGCAAAAGAUCGACCAGUGCAAUAUUAUCUUCGAUUUCAAUGACCCCACCGCAGACAUGAAGUCCAAAGAGAUCAAGAGACUGGCGCUUCACGAGCUCUUAGAUUACGUCGCUAAUAACCGAUCGGUGAUCACGGAGCCCAUGUAUCCUCGUGUUGUUGAGAUGUUCGCAAAGAACCUGUUUCGCCCAAUUCCUCCCCCUAUGACACCCCAGGGAGAGGCAUUUGACCCCGAGGAGGAUGAUCCCGUCUUGGAAGUUGCAUGGCCUCAUAUCCAGGUUGUUUAUGAGUUCUUCUUGCGGUUUAUCGAGAGCCAGGACUUCAACACCAACAUUGCAAAGGCGUACAUCGACCAUCAAUUCGUGUUACAGCUACUGGAUCUGUUCGACUCAGAAGACCCACGUGAGCGUGAUUUCCUGAAGACAACUUUGCAUCGCAUCUACGGCAAAUUCUUGAAUCUGCGUUCAUAUAUUCGUCGAUCUAUCAACAACGUUUUCUUCCAGUUUAUGUAUGAAACAGAGAGACAUAACGGAAUUGCUGAGUUGCUGGAGAUUCUGGGCUCCAUUAUCAAUGGCUUUGCGCUGCCCCUGAAGGAGGAACACAAGCUCUUUUUGACUCGGGUUCUUCUCCCUAUGCACAAGGUUAAGAGCCUGAGCAUGUACCAUCCUCAACUGGCCUACUGUAUAGUUCAGUUUUUGGAGAAGGAUUCUACACUUACAGAAGAUGUUGUCCUUGGACUAUUGCGAUAUUGGCCGAAGACAAACAGCACCAAGGAAGUCAUGUAUCUCAACGAAGUGGAGGACAUUUUUGAAGUCAUGGACCCAGCUGAGUUUGCCAAGGUGCAAGAACCUCUGUUCCACCAGCUUGCCAAGUCGGUCGCCAGCCCACAUUUCCAGGUUGCUGAGCGCGCACUUUAUUUCUGGAACAAUGAGUACUUCUGCAACCUUGUCAGUGAUAAUGUGGAAACCAUUCUUCCAAUUAUGUUUGCUCCACUCUAUGAGAACUCCAAGGGUCACUGGAACAGAACCAUCCAUAGCAUGGUAUACAAUGCCAUGAAGAUGUUCAUGGAGAUUAAUCCCCAGCUCUUCGACGAAUGCUCUCAUGACUAUACUGAGCACCAAAACACUGCCGACGAGCGCGAGAAGACUCGACAGGACCGAUGGGACUUGGUUGAGCAGCAAGCGAAGCGACAAAACGGCGCUCCAGCAUUGCCGCCCGCUCCCAACCUGAACGUGCCCGAGCCAAUUGAUGAGGUGGAGGCCAUGACCAACGAGAGUCAAAAGCGAUUGAACACUCUGAAGCUGGAUGAAUCUGAUACCUCCAAGGAGCGACCUGCUCGGGAAGGCACCCCUAAUUCGCCAGCGUGA